AUGGCAGAAUCAAUUCUAUUUAACAUUGCGACAGAAGUUCUGAGGAAGAUAGGCUCUUUUGUGGGUCGGGAAGUGUCCUUGCUGUGGAAUCUUGAAAGUGAUUUAGAAAGCCUUGCGAGAACCCUGAGCACUAUCCAAGCCGUGCUCUCGGAUGCUGAGGAAAAGCAGGCACAAGAUCAUCAGCUGCGUGACUGGCUUGGGAAGCUUAAGGAUGUUUUCCUUGAUGCUGAGGACGUUUUAGAAGAAUUCGAGUUUCAAGCUCUCACGAGGGAGGUGGUGAGACAAAAGAGAAGCACAUUAAGAAAGGUAUGUCAAUGCUUUUCAAGCUCCAAUCCUGUUGCUGUCCGAUCUGAAAUUAGUCAUAAAAUCAAGGAGAUUAGAGAAAGGCUAGAUCAGAUCGCAGGUGAUAGGAGUAGAUUUUCUCUUAUUCAGAGUACUCCUGCUGAAGUUAGUCAUGUAAUUCCAAAGGAGAGGGAGACUAAUCCCUUCUUGGGAGCUUCUUAUGUUAUUGGAAGAGAGGAUGAUAAAAGAAAGAUCAUAAGCUUUUUAAAGCAACAAACCGACAUUAAAGUCUCUGUCAUUCCAAUAGUUGGCAUGGGGGGUUCGGGUAAAACCACUCUAACUAAAAUGGUUUACAAUGAUGAAAUAGUAAAUCAGUUCUUUCCAUUAAAGAUAUGGACAUGCGUGUCAAAUGUCUUCGAUGUCACUAGAUUGAUGAAAGAAAUUAUUUAUUCUGCAACACGUGAGGAUUGUAGUAAGUUAAAAGGAGAUGAAAUUCCUAAGCGUUUGCAAGAAAUUUUGACAGGUAAAAAGUUUUUGCUUGUCUUGGAUGACGUCUGGAAUGAGAAGCCGAUGAAAUGGUUGGAAUUGAAAGACUUGCUGGUGAAUGGUGUCAAUGGAAGUAAAAUUAUUGUGAGCACUCGAAGUAAAAAAGUUGCAGAUAUAAUGAGCACUGUUCCCACACAUUUUAUACAAGGUCUUACCAAUGAAGAAUCAUUCUCAUUAUUUAAGAAGUAUGCAUUCAAAGAUGGAGAAGGGAUUGAUUUUCCAAGGCUCAUUGAAAUUGGGAAGGACAUUGUAGGAAAAUGUAAAGGAGUUCCGAUGGCUGUGAGAUCUUUAGGGAGCUUACUUUAUGCAAACACAGACGAACGUGAGUGGUUGAAAAUUAAAAAAAAUGACAUCUGGCAGGUGGAUCAAGAUAAUGAAGGCAUCUUACCAGUAUUGAAAUUGAGCUAUGAUCAUUUGUCAUCUCCCUUGAAGCAGUGUUUUACUUAUCUUUGUUUGUUUCAGAAGGAUCAUAAUUAUUUCAGUUAUUACGUGGCCCAAUAUUGGAUGGCACUUGGACUUCUUAAAACCUCUGAUAGAGCCGAAGAGCUAGAAGAUGUUGCUGUUCAAUAUAUGAAAGACUUAUGGUCAAGGGGUUUCUUAGAGGAUUUCUUGGAUUAUGAUUAUUAUUGGUCAUUUAAAGUGCAUGAUCUUAUGCAUGAUCUUGCAAUAUCAAUGACAAAAGGUGAGUCCGCAUUCAUAAAUUUCGGAAGCCAACAAGUUGAUGGGAAAUUUCGGCAUUUUUCACAUGGUGACACUGAGUUAUGUGGGGAAGAAUUUCUACAACUCAUAGUUGAUAACUCAAGGAGUGUUCGAAGCAUAGUCUUUCCAGUAGCAGAGAAAUACGGAGAUGCGUGUAUUAUUGGAUCAUUUAUUAGUGAAGAUAUAUCGAAAUUCAAGUACAUUCGACUACUACACUUGUGUAGUAUACGUUUUGAAGUGUUGCCAGAUUCUAUCGGUACAUUGAGACAUUUGAGGUAUCUUGAUCUAGCUUGGAAUUAUUCAUUGAAGAAGAUUCCUGAAUCUAUUUGCGAGCUUCAGCACUUGCAAACAUUAAGACUUCGUAGGUGUUAUCAGCUUAAGAAGUUGCCUAAUAACAUACGAAAGAUGAUCUGCCUUAGAUGCUUGGAAAUAACCACACAAGAGGAGGUUCUUCCAGAAAAUGGAAUUGGAUGCUUGAGUUCCCUUCAAUAUUUGUAUGUAGUUGGCUGCGACAGUCUACUACGUUUGUGUGAAGGGAUGCAAGGUCUGAAAAGCCUCCGAACGUUGUAUCUACGAAGCAGUUCUGUGAUCUCGUUACCGGAUACUAUCAAAUACCUGACAAAAUUAGAGAUGUUACUAGUUUGGAGCUGCCCCAAGAUUAAUUUGAAGAUGGAAUUGCAAGGAGAAGAUCGUGAGCUAAGGUUGAGUCUUAAAAAAUUCAUAAUUGUUGAUUUAGAAUCAUUGGUUGAUUUGCCUCAGCUUCUUCUUCAGGCAUCCGCCAACACUCUGAUUUACAUGCGGAUUGAAGGGUGUGGAAACUUAGAAGCACUACCGGAGUGGUUGCAAAAUUUCACAGCACUUGAAAAACUUGAGNAGGAGAAGAUCCUUCUUCUUCAAUCAUCUGCUGAGACUCUGAAGUACGUGUAUAUUGUAAAGUGUGAAAGGUUAGAAGCAGUUCCGGAGUGGUUCCAAAAUCUCACAUCACUUGAAAAACUUGAGAUUGGAGAUUGCCCCAGAUUGUCAUCUCUUCCUAAAGGGAUAGAACGCCUUAAUUCCCUCAAGGAAUUGAAGAUUACAGCCUGUCCUGCACUGUCUGAUAUAAAGUUGAAGAAAUGA